CUGAACCGCUCUUCCGAUCUCACCUCUCCCUCGCCCACCUGUGCCCCCCCCCAGGUGGUGCUGGACUGCCCGGCCGAUUCCUGCUUUGACUACACCUACCUGCACGAGCCGUACCUGCGCGACCCCGUGGGCUACCCCAAAGUGCAGAUGCUGAUCUACCUGUUCUACCUGCUGCCCUUCCUCCUGCUCGCCAUCUACGCUCUGGCCGUGCCCGGCUGCUCCUGGUUGCCCGACUGGAGCCUGGUGGUCGCCGGCGCCGUGGCGCAGGCGCAGUUCGCCCACCUGGGCUCCUCGCUGCACCCCCGCACCCCGUUCCCGUACCAGACCCCGGACGAGGUGCUGUGGAGUUUCCUCCUCUCCAACCUCCUGUACGCGCUGGGCCCGCAGCUGCUGGCGCUGCGCUGCCUGCGCUCCCCGGCCUUCUUCCUUCCCCCCGCCAACCCGCGCCUGGCCCGCGCCAAAAAGCACCAGUGACGCGUCCUGCUGUCCCCCCCCCGGCGUCGGUGUCACCACCCUGGGGCUGCUGUCCCCACCCCCGGGCUGUUCUUCCCACCCCGGUGGUU